CUAUAAGUACUGCGCCACGGGGGGAAGUUCCCCUCAGCGUGCGGCGCCGUGCUGGGCCGAGUCCAACUGUUGCCUGCCCGGGUGUCCUGGUCCUGCUCGGCGAUGUCUGACCCAGCUCAGCAACCUGCUUCUGGGGCCCCCGAAGGGGGAGCUCCGGAGGGGGGCCCCCCCGGGGCAACCCCCAAUCAGAGCAGUAACCGUCGGCUGCAGCAGACGCAGGCCCAAGUGAAGGAGGUGGUUGAUAUAAUCUGUGUAAAUGUAGACAAGGUGCUGGAACGAGACCAGAAACUGUCAGAGCUAGAUGACCGGGCAGAUGCACUCCAGGCUGGUGCCUCGCAAUUUGAAAGUAGCGCAGCAAAACUCAAAAGGAAGUACUGGUGGAAGAACUGCAAGAUGAUGAUCAUGAUGGGAGUGAUUUGUGCCAUUGUGGUGGUGGUGAUUGUAAUCUACUUUUUUACUUGAAUGUAGCUUCUUCAGUCUGCAACCUACUCUUCCCUGUCACCUUGCCUGUCUCUUCUUGCCCCUGAAUCUUUCCUUCCCUUCCCUUCCACCUAGCUUCUUCAUUGAUUUCUUUACUGGUUUUAAUUUGUCGUCUGUAUAGGACUCUGAAGCACUCUACUGAACACGGUUAGACUCUUCAACAGCUGCUGCAGCUUUAGGGAGGGUCAUCUAAGUUUAGAGGAGAGGGAAGUAGGGGAGGAGUGGGUGAGCUUUUGCUCCUGCUCUUCUGCAGGGAAUUUUUGUGGUUUAUAUUUGGGUGUGAGCUUGUCAAAUAGUGCCUGUGUGGACUCUAGCAAAAUAAGAAUGCCUUAACACCGUGCCUUUGGGGAUGAAGGGCUUCAGCAUGUGAGAUUCUUUAGUGUUCUGCCUAAAAAGAGCGGCAGCAUAUCUUAAGCUUUUCAUUGAGCUUCUGAAAUAAAGGCUAGUUUGUGUUGGUCAGUGACCGUGAGCCAUCUGACCGAGCUAGAUAUAGUGAUCUAGAAUUCUCUAGCCAUGGAGAAAUGAGCAUCUAAGGAAACAAUUUAUUUUGCUUGUCCUUAUUUUCAGAUGACUUGCUAUCUGAAUAUGGCCACUUCAGUUAUAAAGGAGAGCCUACAUGAUUCUCUCAGUCAAGUGCAACAGACUAAACACAUCUAAGUGAAAGGAGUUUUUUUUACUAUCUAAAAGGCACGUGUGGGAGUAAAAUCUCCUGCCAGAAGGAACAACAAUAAGGAGCCUGGUAGGGGGUGUCAAAUAUUUUUCAUCUAUGCAGACACAAGCAAGGACCCUGUGGCUUUUUAUCUUGCAGCUUUCUAUCUUGCAGCUUUCUGGAAGACUUUGGGGUCAUGGCAGAAUGGGAGUGGGCGUGUUGCUUUUGUGUUACUGGGUUGAAUGUCAGAGGAAGUCCGCGACAUAGCAGAUGGAAGCGAAAGAGACCGGAGGUAUUGCAGAUGAGACUGAAUGAGCCACAUAGCUUUCUAAGAAUACUUGUUCUGUUUCUACUACCACAAAGCCAUAACUUUCAGCAGGAGUUAGAGAAUACUUGGAAUGGUUAGCUAGGGUUGCAAAGGGAAAUGCUGCUUUGGGCAUGGGUAUUGCAAGGUGACAUCAGAUGUCCCAAUUUCUCAGCUUAGAUCUUGCGUAUCAAACUGAAGUCCUCCUUCUUGCUAUGGGUCAUCUUGAAUUUAGAUCCAAGGUGGUCUCUGCUGGAAGUAAACUUGCAGUGUGGAAUGCUGUGGCUUUCUAUAAGCAAUUCCCUUGUUCUGCUCCUUCAAAAAUAACAAGAGCUGUGAAUUGCUUAAAUGUGUUGUCAAACCUGGGGUUAAAUGAGUUGCCCUGUUCCUCAGUUUCUGCAGGGUCUUAUGAGGAAUGUGCAUCUUGUCGUUUUUUAUUACAAGCUGAGCUGUAUCCGGUAAUCUUGACUGGAAAGAGGACUCUCCUUUAAUUUAGGAAGCUCUACCUCAGUUGUAGAAUUCCCUGAGGUCUGCAUAGGCUUAAGGGGAUGUGGGAAGGCAGGGGAGAACAUCACUGGCAUUCCCAGAUGAGAGUGAAGUACAAAAGACGUGAGGAGCAGAUGCUUUUUGUUUCAUUGAGUGUGCCAAGGAAACCCCUUUCCUCCUCACAUGGCAUCUGGGAACAGACUAGGUUUUGCAUGCUCACUUCCAUGCCCCAGCAUUUCAUUUGCACUGAGUUCAUCUGCCUGCAAUUCCAUCCCUCUCCUUGGGUGAGGGCAGAGAUGAAGAUCUGGAGUGAAGCAGCCCUCGUCCCCUGAGCACUUCCCUAAUUCCCUGUGGAACUGAGAUGUGAUGGACGGUCAGAAGUGCAUCUACUGAAGAGGAGCCAGGGCCUGCUUGUACUACUUACUGCUAUCAUUUUAGGGGGUGGGCAUACAAGUUUGAGGUCCCCAGAACCAGCAAUUCUCUUGAACUCUUCUAAGCAAGCCUUUGGUACCCCAUCCCUCCUGUUCCUCUGUGGGCUGAGGUCCCCCUAGGCUGUCUUUUCUAUUUCUUUCUCUUAGAUGUUGUAUGUUGCUUCCUCUUCUGUUCCCUUUUUCCUCCUUUGUGUCUCUGCAUGGGCAAAAAAAAAAAUAUCUGCAAGGCCCGCCAAGUAAAGGCAAGGGACUCUGCUGUCCACAGCAUUACAGCCACUCAGGCACGUGCAGUUUAUUUCAUUCCUCUAUGAACACAACUGUAAUCUGCUCUGGCAUGUUCUGGUAAUCAGCUCAUGUACUUUAAAUGGUCUCUAAGAAACAAUUCACCACCUUA